AUGACAACAUCAACAACUCAUUCUCAACAAUUACCAUCUAAAUCAAAGGGAAAACAAAUAUUAUGUAAAGUACGAAUGCUUGAUGAUCAAGAAAUUCCAUUUCACAUCGAUCCAAAAGCAACUGGUCAAGAUCUUUAUGACAAUGUAUGCAAUUAUUUGGAAUUACUUGAAUCCGAUUAUUUUGCAUUGGAAUUUUAUGAUGCUCAUAAAAAUGCGAUUUGGCUUGAAAUGGACAAACCUGUUUUAAAACAAGUCACUGAAACAAAAUUUAAUAUGUGUGUAAAAUUCUAUACACCGGAUCCCGGUCAACUCGAAGAAGAAUUUACGAGAUAUUUAUUUGCAUUACAAAUUAAACGUGAUCUUGAACAGGGAACAUUAUUAUGUAGUGAUAAUACAGCAGCAUUAUUAGCCUCUUAUAUCGUACAAGAAUCUUAUAACAAUGAUCCACGAUAUAUGGGUGGAAGAUGUUUUUUUCCACCUCAAGUAUAUGAACAUGAAAUUAGAAUAAUGAAUUAUCAUAAAAACCAUGUUGGACAAACACCUGCUGAUGCUGAUUUAAAUUUAUUAGAUAUUGCACGAAAAGUCGAAUUAUAUGGAAUUAAAAUGCAUACAGCAAAAGAUCAUGAAAGUGUUAAUCUCAAUUUAUCUGUUGCUCAUAUGGGAAUACUUGUAUUUCAAAAUUAUACAAAAAUUAAUACAUUUUCAUGGGCUAAAAUAAGAAAAUUAAGUUUUAAACGUAAAAAAUUUUUAAUUAAACUUCAACCAGAAGGUUAUGGUUAUUAUAAAGACACUGUUGAAUUUUAUUUUGAUACACGUGAUCAAUGUAAAAUAUUUUGGAAAAAAUGUAUUGAAUAUCAUGCAUUCUUUCGAUGUGUUAGUAUUAAACGUCCACACCGAAAUAAAAGUAAACUAUUAACACGUGGCUCAUCUUUCAGAUAUGCUGGUCGUACACAAAAAGAAAUCGUUGAAUAUGCACGUGAACAUUACGUGAAAAAUCGUACAUUUUUAAGAUCUUACUCUAGUACACGAAAUGUUGCUCCAUUAUCGACACGUUCAUUACGUUCACCACAAUUAAAAACAUCAGAUACGAUGCGUAGUCAAGAUACAACUGUGUCAUCGGCUGAUUCACGUUUAUUACGUCAACAACAACAACAGCAUCAUCAUCACCAGCCAGAUAAACACCAACAACAUUUAAAUUCGAAUACAAAUAACGUUAACGAUAACUAUCAAUAUUAUCACGAUGAUUCAUCGACUCAUGGUAGUCGUACACUCGACUCACGUUUUAGUCGUGAAAAAUAUGAUUUAUCUGGUGAGAGUACAAAUGAAGACGAGGAUAAUGUUGAAGUAUCAGCUCGAACGGCAACCACAAAUGAACCGUUACCAUCGCAGACAGUGAACAAUAACGAAUACGUUGAAGAAACGUUGAAUAAUACUGCUCUUCCUCUCAUAUCGUCUCGAAAACGUAAUUCGAAUACUAAUAGUAAUCGUUUAUCUCGUGAUCCAUCGGUUGAUAUCGUUGAAAAACAACCAUCUCAAGAUAAUUUAAUCUAUCGUGAAACUUAUAAAAUUGAUUUAAAUGAUCCUGAACGACAACAUCAAGACACAUUAAAUAGAAUUAAUGGUGAUGAAAUUUCAUCAUCUCUUUCUAAACGUGAAACAUCUAAUUAUAAUAUUGAAAAAAAGACCGUUGAGAAUAGAGAAACCAUAACAAAACAACCACAAACAGCAAUUGAAGGAGGUAAGUCGUCGGGCUCAAUUUUAGUCGCCAAUACGAACGCUAAUAAUAGUGAAUCGAAUCAUAAUAAUAUGAUUGGGUUUGAACUGUAUCAUAAUGAUAAUAAUAAGAAGGAUGAGAGUUCAACUAAUAAACGUUAUUCUACUGCUUUAAAUAUAUAUAAUCACUCUAAACAAAUACAGCAGCAACGUUCACGUUCAUUGUGUGAGAGACAUAAGACUAUUGAGAAUGAGUGUGAUGAGAAUGAAAAUGUAACUGAUGAGAAAGAAGAAAAAAAUCUAAUGUUAAAAGCACAACAACAACAACGAUCCUAUUCAUUACAAUUAGAACAUUCACUAUCAUCCGAUUUUACACAUUCACCAUCAACAUCCGGUAGUAGUUCAUCAAUUGAAGCUCUACAUCAUGAACAAUUAGUACCACCAUCAGUUGAACGACUAAUCGGACCAAAACAUGGACAAAUAUCUACUACAAAUAGUAAACAUUAUUCUGUUACUCAUGUAACAAAGAAACAAAAACCAAAAAAUAUAGUGCGUGAAAUUGGUCUUGUUAAAUUUUUACCAAUAAAAAAGUCAGUACCUAUCACAAAAUCAACACUAAAAGCUCAUUCAUUACCUCGAAUGACAAGUUAUAUUGAAUAUAUUAAUAAAAAAGUAUUACCAUCAAAAUGUAGUUUAUCAUGGCAAGAUGAUACAGCACAAACAAAUGAAAAUGAGAAUAUUUAUGAACGAAUAAAACGUCAGAUAACAUCAAAAAUUGUACCAUUACCACAACCAUCAUCACUAUCAUCACGACAAUCAGUUGAAUCAAUAGUCACAAGUAUUUUAAAUCAAUUAUGUGAUCGUAUUGUUAAAGAUGAAUUAGAUAUGUAUGCAAUCGUUAAUAGACUUGUCGAUCAAGCUUGUUCAAAAGCCAUACAAUUAUACAAAUUAGAAAAACGACAACAAUUAUUUUCAUCUAUAAUAAAUACAACGUUACAACAUCAUAAAUCAUGUUUUUUAAUUGUGGAUAAGAAUUCGGCUGAUGAUAAAUCAGAUUCAUCACGUAUACGUACAAAAUCGACUCCAGUUAUAGCGACAACAACAGAUUGGUCGGAUAUAAGUAGAAAAUUAGCAUAUGAAAAAUGUUUUCCAUCAUAUCCAACAUCAGAAAAACAUUGUUUACAUGAAUCCGAUUUUACAACAUUUUCUGAAGCUAAAUUAAAUUUUUUUAAUAUUAUUCGUGAUACAAACAAAAUGUCAGUACCAUCCACUCAUCAAACAAAAAUGUUCUCUUCAUCUAGUUGUUCUUCUUCGACAUCCUCUUAUGCAUCUUCAAUGGAUAAUAGAAAAUUACUCAAUUAUCCUCUAAUACAAAGAAAAUCACCUGAUAAUACACGAUCAUUUACAGCUCGAUUGCUUGAUUUAAGCGAUUCAGACAUUGAACAAUCACCACAACAGCAACAACAACAACAAUUAGUAACAAUAACAAAGAAAAAUCAUAAAAAAAAGAAACAAAAAAAACCGGUUAGUGAAAAUGAACAGAGUAAAAUGGCCACAUCACAUAUUCCAUUUGGAUGUACAAGUGCAUCAACCAUAAUUAUUAACAACAAUGAUAAUGAACAGCACGACUAUUUACAACAACAACAACAAAAAUGUUCAUCUUUAAAUCAACAACGUCGACGAGUCUAUUUACGAACAUCAAAAAAUCGAAAACGAUCAAGUUCAAAUUCGAGUGAUGAUUCAUUAUCCAAUCAUUUAAAUAAAGCAGGUUAUCGUUCAAUUUUAAAAUUAGAAAUUAUUCUAAAAAUUGUUUGUCUUUUUCCAGGUGAUUCAUCUGAACAUCGUCAUCGAACAUCUAACUCAUCCAGGCUAUCGUUAGAUAAUACUUCAUCUUCCAUUCGAACGAAUUAUCAACAGCGACCAUCCUUACCGUCCACUAAAGUUAUAUCAGAAUUAGUUCAAAAACCGAUCUUAAUAAUGUCAACAACUACAUCAUCUGACCAUAAACGAAUAGAUUCAACGCCAGUAAAAAUUUCGACAAUUAUAACUAGUGGUGAUAAUCUCCUUUCUCCUUCUCCUCCUCCUCCAUCAACAAUGUCACCUACACUAAUGGGAACCAGUGAAACUAUCAAUGACGAUAAGACACGCAUAAUACCGGUUCUACAUGAACAACAAACAUCGUCAACGCUGCCUGUUGCUGAAUCAAAGUCAAAUAUGAGUUAUUCUACACAAUCACAUAUGUUUUUUGUAGCCACAAAAAAAUUGACACCAAAUAUUUUACAGCAACCUACUAUGACUGAAUCUACUAAUAUUACAACAAUUCCCACGUCAUUAUCAUCAACGUUGAUUACAUCUACAAUUCAUGAUAGAGCAUUUUAUAUCUGUAAAGAAAUGUUAAUGACUGAACGUACAUAUAAAAAAGAUCUUGAAGUUAUUGCUGAUGCAUUUCGUCGUGAAUUAACGAUACUAAUAGAACAUGAACAAGAUGAAACAUUAGCAAAUUUUAUGGAUUUAUUAUUUUCAAAUAUCGUUCCAAUAUAUGAUUUUCAUAUUAUAUUUUUAAAAAAAUUUGAACAACGUAUUGCUUUCUGGGAAAGUCGAUGGUCAGGAAAUAAUAAUGAUACUAAUAAUCGUUUUCAACAUAUUGACGAUCUUGUACUUCAUUUAAUCGAUAUUUUACCGAAUUAUGAAAAAUAUGUUGAAAAUUAUGAAAAAUUGUUAGAUGAAUUAGAAAUUGUCUUAAAACGAAAUAAACGUUUUGAUUUAUUUUAUAAAGAAUUUGCAUCACAAAAAUUUUGCUAUUUAUCUUUUAUAUCAUUUUUAUUAAAACCAUUACAACGACUAUUACAUUAUCGACAAUUACUAGGAAAAUUACUUAAAUACUAUGAACAAAAUAAUUAUGUAGAUGAUUAUCAACGAUGUUACGAAGUUUUUAUUAAAAUUCGAGAUCAUAUUGAAAAUUUUACCGAAUUAUUAAGUAUAUUUGAAUUUAUACGAGAAGGAUGUUUACAAAAAUUAUCACGAAAAGGUUAUCAACAACGAAUGUUUUUUCUGUUUUCCGAUGUUUUACUUUAUUGUGCAAGAAGUUCUAGUCCUGUUUUACAAUUUAAAUUACACGGUGAAUUACCUUUAAAAUCGAUGAUGAUUGAAGAUAGUGACGAACGUAUUAAAAUACCAAAUUCUAUCACAAUUUAUACAACAAAUCGAUCGUUACUUCUAGCUGCAAGUUCGGAAAUUGAAAAAGACAAAUGGUUUAAUGAUUUAAAAUUUGCCAUUGAAAAAGUAAAAGCAUUAGAUGAUGAAAAACAACAAAAUUCAUCGACAUUAAAGUCAAAUACUUCAUCAGAAAAUCUUGAUCAUAUCGUAGUUGAUGAAAAUAAUAUAAUCGAACGAUCAUGUAUUCAACAUCGUGCUAAUACAACAAUGCAUGUUUGUUGGCAUAGAAAUUUAUCUGUAUGUAUGAAUGAUCAUAAAUAUUCAAUUAAAAAUCAACUAAGUGGAUAUUUAUUACGAAAAUUUAAAAAUUCAAAUGGAUGGCAAAAAUUAUGGGUUAUUUUUACGAAUUUUUGUCUAUUCUUUUACAAAACCUAUCAAGAUGAUUUUCCGUUAGCUAGUUUACCAUUGCUUGGCUAUAGUGUAUCAUUACCGUCAGAAAAUGAUGGCAUAAAUAAAGAAUAUGUUUUCAAGUUACAAUUUAAAAAUCAUGUUUAUUUCUUUCGUGCUGAAAGUCAAUAUGCAUUUGACAGGUGGCGGGAAGUGAUAUCCAGUGCCACAAAUCAAUCCUGA